AUGCAGAUGAAUGAGUGCUGGGACUGCCUGCGGCACCAGGCGCCGGCUGCAGGGGCCACAGGACCACAGGGCCACGGCCUUGCCACGGGGACCGGACACGCCACAAAGGCCGUGGAUGAUGCUGAGCCGAGCAGACAGGCGGGCUGUGCCGGGAAGUGCUUCACAAGGACAGCGGGCAGCGGGCACUCCCCCACAGGGACGACGCUGGACGACCUGCUGCGGUGUGGAAUCUGCUUCGAAUAUUUCAACAUCGCCAUGAUGAUCCCCCAGUGCUCGCAUAACUACUGCUCCCUCUGUAUAAGGAAAUUUCUGUCCUACAAAACACAAUGUCCAACUUGUCGUGUGACGGUCACAGAGCCGGACCUGAAAAAUAACCGCGUGUUAGAUGAACUGGUAAAAAGCUUGAAUUUUGCACGGAGCCAUCUGCUGCAGCUGGCCUUCGAGUCGCCGCCCGUGUCUCCCCCUGCCGCCGCCUCCUCAGGUGGCCCCGCUGCCAGAGCGCAGGCGCCGGCGGCCCGCAGACCCUCUUCGAAGCAGGGGAGCAGCUUCAUGGAGAACUUCUUGAUCAGAGAACCUGCUGGCUCCACAUCAGCGUUGCUGAGUAAAGAGAACGAAAGCAAGUUCCGCCCUCAGAAAGAGACGAGCGCGUCUGCCGACACCACGGGGUCGCCUGGCUUGAAGCAGGCCGCUGCCCCCGAGGCCCCCUCCACGUCGGCCAUGAAGCCGGUUGCCCGAGUGGAUUGUCCUGUUUGUGGAGUUAGUAUUCCAGAAAACCACAUCAAUAAGCAUCUAGACAGCUGUUUAUCACGUGAGGAGAAGAAGGAGAGCCUCCGAAGUUCUGUUCACAAAAGGAAGCCACUGCCCAAAACUGUAUAUAACUUGCUCUCGGAUCGCGAUUUAAAAAAAAAGCUUAAACAGCACGGGUUAUCUGUUCAAGGAAGUAAGCAGCAGCUCAUUAAAAGGCACCAAGAGUUUGUGCACAUGUACAACGCCCAGUGCGACGCUCUGCACCCGAAAUCAGCUGCUGAAAUAGUUCAAGAAAUUGAAAAUAUGGAGAAGACCCGGCUGCGUCUGGAAGCUAGUAAACUCAAAGAAAGCGUAAUGGUUUUCACAAAAGCCCAAACUGAAAAAGAAAUAGAUGAAAUUCACAGUAAAUACCGUAGACAACACCAGACUGAAUUUCAGCUCCUGGUAGAUCAGGCCAAAAAAGGAUACAAGAAAACUGCUGGAAUGUCAAAAACCAGAGUAAUAAAAGAAGAGGAGGAAACUCCGGAGAAGCAGGUGUCUGUGUUUAUGGGACCGGAAGAUAAAAUGAAAUUCUCAGGGACGCCCUCAGUUACCAGCUGCUGCCCUCAGUCAAAGCUGGACUCCCCUGGGAAGGUGGGGCCUGAGAGGCCAGAUGAUUCUUCCAGUUGUACCGACGUUCAAGAAGACGCGCUCUCCUCACCAGAGUCAGAGUCAUGCAAUAGUUCCAGCUCAGACAUCAUAAGAGACCUUCUGGAGGGGGAGGAAGCCUGGGAAGCAGCACACAGAAAUGAUCUUCAGGACACAGCCACGCUCGCGGGGCUUCAGGACACGGCCACGCACGCGGGCCUUCAGGACACGGCCACGCACGCGGGGCUUCAGGACACGGUCACGCACGCGGGCCUACAGGACACGGCCACGCACCACGCGGGCUCGCAGACGGUCGCCUCGGCCCGAGAAGACCGCGCCGGGGUGACCUCUGCGCCUGGCCAGGAGAGUGGGGUCCGGCGCCCUCCACCCUUCCGGAGCCUCAGUUUCCUCAGGUCUCCGGCGGAAGCCACCCUCGCUUUGCAGUGCUCAGCUAGCGUCCAGCCGGCCAGGAACGUGCCCAGAGCAGCCAUGCUCUUCCAGAACGUCAUGGCGCUCUGCUGCGUCAGGGCAGGUUGCAGCGAGGAGGAUCUUGCCUGGAGCUGUGCACAGUCACUGGUGGCAGCACCUGGUGAUGUGGGCCGGCACCCGGGAUGGGAACAGCUGCUCACCUGCAAAAAGGCCAUCAGUCACCCUGUGCUUCCUGCUGGAGACCCACAAGCACCACCUGUGAAGGUGAAACUGGGCAAAAAGCAAACCCCGUCCGCUUCCCGCCAGAAGCCAAGCAGGUUUUCUGCGGAGGCCGAGUGGACACUCAGGCGCCUCGGUCAGUCAUCGAAGGUCCACGUGGGCGAGGGGCCUCGGGACAGGCCCCGGCGGCCGGGCUGCUUGGCUGUGCGCUAG